AGGAGGAGGAGGAGGAGGAGGAGGAGCGGGAGCAGGAGGGGGAGGAAGGCGGGCGCCCACCGAGCGGCACCGGCCCGGCCCGGUCAGCAGAGUCAGUAAUGAUGAAUGGCUCCGACCUCGCCAGUACAACGGCGUCCAGUCCCAAAUCCAAAGAGGAGCAAGUAGUGAACGGUCACGAUGAAAAGGAAAACAACCCCUUUGCAGAGUACAUGUGGAUGGAGAAUGAAGAAGACUUCAACAGGCAGGUGGAGGAGGAGCUGCAGGAGCAGGAGUUUCUCGACCGCUGCUUCCAGGAGAUGCUGGAGGAAGAAGACCAGGACUGGUUCAUUCCAUCGCGCGACCUGCCCCAGGGCAUGGGGCAGCUGCAGCAGCAGCUGAACGGGCUCUCCGUUGGCGACGGCCACAGUUCGGAGGACAUUCUGAGCAAAAGCAACUUGAAUCCAGACGCCAAGGAGUUUGUGCCCGGCGUGAAAUACUGACCGUCAAGGCAGGCUUUGGAAAGACUGUGUCCCUGCUCUGGGGGAAGGUGGUGGGGGGGAAGGAGGGAGGGGAUCGGCCCCCGGCUGGACUCCGUACUGUAGCGGAGUUGCUGCAACGUGGCGAAAUCUUGCUCUACGCUUCAAGUACUUUUUUCUUCCUUUUUUUUUUUUUUUUUUUUUUUUUUUAACCUCUUUGUUUCGUCUAUCACCUUUUUUGGGCAGUUUUUGGCUUUUUAGAACUUGCAGCCCUUAGGUCUGCCCUGGAGUCCAGCACUCCCCUUGCUCCAGAGGCCCACUUCAACGCGUGCUUCAAACCUGCUAGUGGAAAAAGUCAUGUUUUCUUGUUUAAGUAGAAUUUGUAGGGAUCCCCCUGCCCGCCUGCUCUCUCCCCAGAGGCGGCGAGCCCGGGCCAGGAGCCGCGCUGGCUUUCUCUGUUUCCGUUAAGAGGAUUCCUUUCGCUAAAGGAAAAGUGAAGUGUAACAAGACUGUAAACCCCAAAUUCCUCCAAGCAGCAGCCUGCCCGGCUCUCUGGUAGGUACUAAACACUAACUCAUACACUUCUUUGCUGGUCGCUCAGUCCUGCCCGCUUGAUCGGUUGUGGGAGCUCUUAGGGGAGACCAGACCCGUCAGACACCACCCCAGCUGUCCUUCCCGAGGGAAGGGCUGCUCCUGCAAAACACAUCUUCUCCUUAAAGAAUCCCAUCCCCCCCCCCCGCCAGCUCAUGAGCUCAUCCAGCACUAUGGGCCACGGCUCUGAAGCAUCUGUACCUUCAUUUCUCAUGGAAAUAAAUCCCAGAAAACCAGAUUAGAGCCCGUUCUCAGCAGAGCGGGGCGGUGGGGAGUUGGUGUUAAGCAGCCUCCCCGGGAGAAGGAUCCUCUUUCGAGAUGAGUCUGAGCUCUGAGGAGCACCCACAGACGUAGACAGAGAAGGCGAUGGGCAGCGUCUUCGCGCCGGUCCCUGCGGUGGCCUUUGAGGCUCUGGUGGUUGGAAAUCCGCACCCAGAGGAAGCGGGGGCUUCUCGGUGAGGGGCGUAGCCUAACGAUUAAAAUAGCUACUGGCUGUUAGGGGUGAGUUCUUGCUCAUCCGUGUAAAUCUCACCUCCCGGGUGCAGUUACUUCCACUAUUCCCUUGACUUAAACAGAGUAGUUAAUGGAGGGGGAUUACAGCUCCCUGCGGGGCUUGCGGAGGUGGAAGCUAAUGGCCGCUCGGUAGCCGAGGGCUCGCUCCGUCUCCAUUAGCUCGGCCCAGCAGAGCCGGUGCCCGUUGGCGAGCGCGGCGGGAGGGCCCGGGGUUAUUGGACCACAAACGCUAACGGCGAGCGGAGGCUUGAGCUGAUGUAGCUCAGCUGCUCUGCGUACAGUCCGCUCCCCAACUCGACACAUCUCCCGCCUCUGGCUGCCGGUCUUAAAACCAGCACCAAACCCCGACACUACCGCGGCGGGAGCUGGCUGUUGAAGGUGCCCAUCUUAAAUAUCGCUGCCCAGAGGUGGUGGUUUGGGUUGAGUUCUCCCGUUUCCCGGUACAACCCCUGCCUCCAGCGCCUGCGUGGCCGCCUCUGGCUGCCGGCAGCUCCCUCAGCGCCGGGGCCGGGGCUCAGCUGCGCCCAGGGCUUUGCAGGACGUGAUCCGGGGAAGGGCAGCUGUACGCUGGGCAAACUACUUCUGUAGUGGUAGCACAGUUCCCGCCCCCCCCUUACCCUUUCUCUGGUUUCUAUUUGAUUUCUUACCCAAAAAACCUGCCCCCACCCUCUGACGUGCUGUAAAUUUCAGACAAUGCAUUAUUAAAAAUAAACUUUUUUGGAACUGA